AUGGCCGAAAAACCUAAUCCCACGUACCGUCAGAGGAUGAAGACCAGACCCACGAAAGGAGACACCCUGCUGCAGAGCAUCAAAGCUAUCACCACGGAGUACUGUAAGGAAUCUUCCAUUUCUGGACUGAAGCACUUGGUGGGAGAUAGAACUCCUUACUUUGAGAAAGCUAUCUGGACCGUCACGUUGAUAAGUGCUCUCAUAUACUCUGUAUCGCUUGUGUGGAUAACCUUCACCAGAUAUUACCAAGCCCCUCUCGUCACCACGCAGAUACCGGAAGGCGUCUCAGUCAGCAAGAUUAUUUUCCCGGCUGUGGGCAUUUGUACCAACAACAGGAUCAGCAAACGAGCGGUCACGGAUUUGGCGAGGAAAUUACUGCAGGAGAGCCGCAACAGCAAGUACAACGAGCGGCAGAUGCUGUCACUUCUCUUCGACUUGGGGCUGCUCUACAACUUGCAAGGGUACAACGACACAGCCGUGGACGUGGUGGCGCUGCACGACGCCCUCGGGGACUACGACGUCAAUGACCUGAUGAGGAACUUGACCCCCAAAUGCGAGGACCUACUGUUGCGCUGUUCCUGGAACGAGGAGGCGAAGAACUGUUCUGAACUCUUCGACUUUCGCUUGACGAUGAACGGGUAUUGCUGCACUUUCAACUACCUUCGCAGUUCGGACGCGACCUUUGAAGAAAACAACGAAGCCAGAAGCACCGAUAUGUACAUGUACGGGAACAAGUCGAGCUUUGACUUCGAUCAGGGGUUGAUGGUGCUGCUCAAGCUGGAGGAGCAUGAUGAUUUCUUCUACAACAUGCCCCUGCGAGGCGCGCAGUUACAAUUCUCGGACGCCUACGACUUCCCCGACGCGCCCAGUGGGAGUUUCUCCAUGCAAAUUAUAUGCCCUCUAGUACACAUGACGGUAAUGGUAACUGCGAGUUUCACGGAGGCGUCCCGCGACAUCCAGCACGUGGCGGUGAAGCUGCGGAACUGCCUGUUCUACGACGAGUCCUCGUACCUGCCCUUCUACACGCACAGCGACUGCCUGCUCAAGUGCCGGAUGACCUUCCUCACGAAGCGGUGCAACUGCACCCCCUUCAACAUGCCCAAGGUCAAGGACGCCAGGACCUGCAACCUGAGAGACGUCCCUUGCCUGUCCCUAUAUAACGCUCAAGCCAUCAACGUGCGACCCGACACCGACGAAGUACCAUCAGAACUGGAGCUGGAUCUGGUGUCCGGGGGCAUCCACUGUCCCAUGUGCUAUCCGACGUGUUCGAAGACCGCGUACAGUUACGACUUCACCAAUGUCCAUAUCUACCCGGAUGACCAUGAGAACGCGACGCCGUCCAAGGACAAGAAAGACUGGCUGUGA